GCCGUCUCCUCUUCAUGCUGAGACGGUCAGCAGGAAAAGCGGAGAAUAAAAGCGAUCGGCGAGGCAGAAAUGGCCUCCAACAGCCUCUGAGGAGCCCGGAGACGCCGGAACGACGCGUUUUUCUUCCGAUUCCACCCGAGGAUUUACCGAGUCCGGCUCCAAGGUGUCCCCCGCUGGAUCAGGCCAUGGCCCUCACUCUCUGAGAACGGCGCCGUGUCCGUGGAGUGGGGGGAGUACGCGCACCGUGAAGACUGUUCACGGAGAGGAAAAUGGUGGAUUAUUGUCAGUGAGUGAUUAAACGGUUGAAACAUCUGGAUCUGCUGACGUCCUGUCCGUGUGUUGGACUCCACUGGGAACAAUAAAUACUGGGAUUACUGGGGGAGAAAAUGGAUUACAACAGCGGCGGCGGGGGAACCAACGAGCUGCACAACAACCAGUUCUACCAGUGCGAGGAGAGCAAGCCCUUACUGGGGGAGAUGUCCGAGGGCAACAACAACACGAAGCUGGGCGCAGGGCCGUGCAGGAGGUCCCUGCACCACUGCAGCAGUAGCGGGAUGCGCUACAAGCUGCUGCACGAAGGGGACAUCCAGGUGUGCGUGGUCAAACACCCACGCACCUUCCUCAGCAAGCUGCUCACCUCCAAGUACCUGCGGAGGUGGGAGCCGCACCACCUGACGCUGACGGACAGCGGCCUCAGCUCGGCCACGCCCACCGGUUACAUGGAGACGACUUUGUCCUACAGCUCCAUAGAGGACCUGCAGCUCCUCUCCUGGGACAACGCUCCCAAGUACUGCAUCCAGCUCAGCAUCCCUGGAGGCACCAUCCUGCUGCAGGCUGCCAACAGCUACCUGAGGGACCAGUGGUUUCACUCCCUGCAGUGGAAGAAAAAGAUCUACAAAUACCGUAAAGUCCUGAACAACCCGAGCCGCUGGGACGUGGUGCUGAAGGAGAUCCGAGCGCUGGUGGACAUGGCUCUGACCUCCCCGCUGCAGGACGAGUCCAUCCAUCAGGCCCCGCUGCACAUCAUCUCCACCCUGCUGGCAGAGAACUCGAACCUGAGCGCUCAGGAUCACGAGAACAUCAUUGUGGCGAUCGCUCCGCUUUUGGAAAACAACCACCCGCCGCCCGACCUGUGCGAGUUCUUCUGUAAGCAUUGUCGGGAGCGGCCACGCUCCAUGGUUGUGAUCGAAGUUUUCACGCCUGUAGUCCAGAGAAUCCUCAAACACAACAUGGAUUUCGGGAAGUGCCCUCGGCUUCGUCUCUUCACUCAGGAGUACAUUCUGGCUCUGAACGAGCUGAACGGCGGGAUGGAGGUGGUGAAGAAGUUUAUCCACAGCAUGCACGGUCCGACGGGGCAGUGCCCUCACCCCCGUGUGCUGCCCAACCUGGUGGCCGUCUGCCUGGCGGCCAUUUACUCCUGCUACGAAGAGUUCAUCAACAGCAGAGACAACUCUCCCAGCCUGAAGGAGAUCAGGAACGGCUGCCAGCAGCAAAACGACCGCAAGCCGCCGAUGCCGCUCCGGCUGCUGCGACCGGAACCGCCGACGCCGCCGCCUCCCUCCACCAUCCUGCCUCUCUCCAGCGCCCCCCAGCCGUCUCCACCCGCUAACCCGCCGGCUCCGUCCAUCCCCAUCUCCUCCCCGACGCCCUGCCUGCCGCUCUCCCCUCCGCCCUCCAUCGUCAACUCCAGCGAGAUCCUGGUGGAGCUGGAGCGGAACAACAACACGGCCAACGCCAAGCGGAAGGGCGGGCCUGCAGGGGGCGACAGCGAGCCGAACCUCAUCGACUGCCUGCUGGUCAGUCCGGCUGUGAACACGCUGUCCAUCCAGCUGCCGGCGCAGGCCGACCGAGUGCUAGGCUGCUUCGCCCUCAUCCUCAAGAUGCUGUCGGACUACGAUGACUGGAGACCGGCUCUGGCCAGUCUGCUGCAGCCCAUCCCGUUCCCCAAAGAAGCUCUGGCUCAUGCCAAAUUCACAAAGGAGCUGAAAUACGUCAUCCAGAGGUUUGCAGAGGAUCCCAGGCAGGAGGUUCACUCCUGCCUGCUCAGCGUGCGCUCGGGUAAAGAUGGCUGGUUCCAGCUCUACACCCCUGGGGGAGUGGCCUGCGAUGACGACGGCGAGCUGUUUGCUAGCAUGGUCCACAUUUUAAUGGGUUCCUGCUACAAAACAAAGAAGUUCCUCCUCUCUCUGGCUGAGAACAAGUUGGGUCCCUGCAUGCUGCUGGCCCUGCGAGGGAACCAGACCAUGGUCGAGAUUUUGUGUCUGAUGCUGGAGUACAACAUCAUCGACAACAAAGACACGCAGCUGCAGAUCAUCUCCACUCUGCAGAGCACGCAGGUGGGCUUCCGCAUGUACGAGCAGCUCUGCGACCGUCAGCGGGAGCUGAAGGAGCUGCAAAGAAAAGGCGGCCCCACACGGCUGACUCUGCCCUCCAAGUCCACGGAUGCAGAUCUGGCCCGCCUCCUGAGUUCAGGCUCUUUCGGGAACUUGGAGAACUUGAGCCUGGCCUUCACCAACGUCACCAGUGCCUGUGCGGAGCAGCUCAUCAAGCUGCCGUCACUCAAACAGCUCAACCUCUGGUCCACUCAGUUCGGGGAUGCAGGACUGAGGUUGUUAUCCGAGCAUCUGGCCUGCCUUCAGGUCCUGAACCUGUGUGAGACGCCGGUCACCGACGCAGGCCUGCUGGCUCUGAGCUCCAUGAAGAGCCUGUGCAGCCUGAACAUGAACAGCACCAAGCUCACAGCCGACACGUACGAAGACCUCAAGGCCAAACUGCCCAACCUGAAGGAUGUUGAUGUCCGGUACACGGAGGCCUGGUGAUCCGCCACAGUCUCCUGCCCCAUCCAUGGUCACACACACACACACACACACACACACACACACACACACACACACACACACACACACACACACACACACACACACACACACACACACGCUCACACGCACACACACACACACACACACACGCACACACACACACACACACAGACCCCACCAUCAGCUGCACCGACCAGAACCUCAGCGCCGCGCCGCCUGCCAGCUAUGGAGGAGAUUUCUUCAGCUUCAACCACUUCAGGGUGCAGCCGUGAAGGAAAGGUCAACAUUUCUCCGUUGACGUUUCAUCCCUCCUCUCUUCUACCCUUUUUUAAGGAUUUGUUUUAGUCAGACUGCACAAGGAUCACACCCAUUUUAUCCGUCCUUGGCCCUACAUGGUCUCUGAGUUUUGAGGCUCCCUGUGAUGAACGCUGGAGACGUUCAGGUGUUGUGUCCGAAACCGUUUUCUCUCUAAGAUGAGUUCCUCCCACCAGUUCUGACCUGAUGUCCCGUCAAUAACCUCACGUUGCAUUCAAGUACAUCUCGUAUUCUAGAUUAUCUAGAUUAAAAUGAAUCUAAAAUCAAAUGAUCAAACUUUAAUAUCAUGAAAUAUCACCAGACUUAAGCAGCACUUUCUAAAUGUUUAUCAUGCAUUUGUUUUAUUAAUAAUAAUUCAAACGAUGAAAACAGAAAUUAAAUUUUGUAAAAUGUAGCUACAAAAAAAAACCCAUUACAUUACCAAAAAAAAGUAUUUUAAACGUUAUUUUCAAAAGAUACUUUAAAUCUUGAAGCCAUGACUCAAAUUUAUUGAAUAUGAUUAUAUUGGAAAGGGUCAGGUUUGAGUUUUGUAUCCAGAAGUUCAUAUUAUCAUGUUGAAUUUAAUUUUAUUACAUUUAUCUAAUAAAAUUAUGCAUGACACUGUUGAUAUCUGACCAGAUCUGGAGGGACAGUGUCCCCUGCCGGCCGCCAUCUAGGACCACCCAUGGUCCAGAUGAUCUUCAGCCCCUGAAUAAUUCUGCUUCAGGAUCUUUUGUCCAGGUCACAAAAAUGUAUAAUUUAGAAACUUGGCAUGUAAUUCUGGAUCAAGGUUAUAGGCCAAGCCAUGAAGAAAAGACAGCUUUUCUCUAAAUUAUUACACCACCAUGGGGCAUUCAUGUCCACUCCUAAAACAGCAUCUAAAGAAAUAAUACUAAAUUUAUUUAACAGAAAUUAGUUUUUUAUCUAUGAAUAUAAUAAUGCUAAACUGUUGCACUUUUAGCUUCAGUUGUAUUGAGAUAAAAUUACAGUAUGGCUGAGCGAUAUGGCCAAAAAUAAAAUCAAUUUUUUUUUACAUCAAUUCCAAUUUUUGAUAUUAAUAGUUCUUUGUCUCACUUUUUUUAAAAAUAACAAAUAACAGAAAAUAUUUUCUAUCAUCUCUUCUGUGACUUGUGCAACUGAGUAUUGGAGCCAGGCUAUAAAAAUGUAUUGUUUAAUUUUGAGAAUAUAGUCAGAAUAUUAGCAGAAUAAAGACAAAAUUUUACCACAAGUUAUAAAAGUUUUAAUGAGGAAAAAAUCUUUGGGUUAUCAAAAUCUAAUGUAACCAGUUCAGCAAGUAUUUCCUCGAGACAGACAGUUCUUUGCACAAUCAUUUCAAAGUUCUGCUGCUGAUAAUAAUUUGAUAACUUCACAAGACGCCCACCAUUCCUUAUAAGUUUUUGUAUAGGAGUUAUAAAAUGACUACUUUCUUCUAACAUUAGGACUUUAUUAUGGCUAUAGCAUUGAUUUAUUGUCAUAUUACUUUCUUUAUUAUUAUACAAUGGUGUUCUUGUAAUAUUAUGGCUUUAUUCUAGUAAAUAGAUAUAGCAAUUUUUAGCUUGGCCAUAAGUUCAAAAUCUAAAUAAAUUGAAGCUUUUAAACGCUUGUCAAAACAAGAUGGCGGCCGCGGGUACACCAACAUUAAAAUCCAGAUUUUUCCAAAAAUGUAAUUUUCGAAAAUUGAAAGAUCUAUUAAUUGAUUACAUUUGAUCUAGAACCGCCUCUGGUGUAGAUUUAAUGGUGUUGAAUUUGCGUCUACUGGGAGAGAAAGUCAUUUUGCAGCGAAAACUUUGCUCGACACAAUAGCCGUUAGCCUCCUGACCGAUUCAUAAUGUAGCUCCCUGAACGGACCGACACAACUCUGUCGGAGCCGGGACCUUUCAGUUUUUCCUAGAAAAAAACCUACUAAUGUCCGUCACACGGAAAAAAAGAAAACUGAGUUUUUUAUGAUCUUGAACGUAUUUUUCCAGAUUUGGAAGUGGACGCGUUCGUGUUCCGCUUGUUUUCAGGAGGGAAAACAUGGCGGCUGCUGUUUCUUUUCUUUUCUUCAUUUGUAUCCGGACGAAAGAGGAAAACCACUAAACUCCGAGUGACGUCAUCUUGAGUCAUCUAGGACAUUUUUUGGCUCUGGAAACAAACUAUGGUAGAACAAUUUUGCCAAAAAAAACCUCUACAUCCAACCAACUUCUGUCGACACUGUUCCGACUAUGAAGAGAGAAAACGAUCCGGACGGAUUCAUUUGUGUACAUAUUGGAUCGGAGCAGUUGUUUGCUACAUUCCCUCGGAACCAACGUUUGGAACUUUUUGUUCCCCUCCGGUAUCAAAUACACGUCAGAGGUGCUCUGACUGGUUAAUUUAUUGGCGUCGACCUGCCGACCUCUCCCACAGGACAGGACGUCUUGUUUCCUAUUUAUUUGGUGCCAUCGAGGCUGUCUGUAUCGACCCGUAACGGUCCGAAAGGUUCGGGUCCGGUUGUCCUGUACAUACCGGUGUACAUAAUCGUCUUUUUGGAGUCCCUUUCCUUCUCCAUCCCACUUUUUUCUUCUCUAAGCCUGAUUUCAGCUGCAGGCUUGUGUUGCCUUCAUCUUAACGUUUGUUUGUGGUUGUUUUCCUUGUUUUAUUUUUUCACACAAAGUGCACUGUAAUCAUAAAAAAGGAAAUGUUUUUCAUGCAUAUUAUUUUAACGGUUUCUCCUCUGAUGAUUUAAUCACUUUAAUCAGAGUCUUGUUUCCUGUGUUGUUGCUCGAGUUUAAGUUUCUUUUUUUGUUUUUGCACGUAUGCGUUGCUGCAUCAUCUAUUUUUUUUUUGUAAUUUAUAUAUGUAAAAGUUUGUAAAAUCUGAUAAAAGGGGGGUUUGAUCACUUAUCUCCCGAAAACGAACGACUGAAACGGAGGGAUUUGAUCCCCCAAAAAGGCCAGUUCAAGGGGGGAUGAUGAAAGCCGAUCUGACCGUAGCUGAGCUUUAUUUGUUUAAAUGUGGCCAUUUUUUAUAUAAAACAAUAAUAAUAAUAAUAAUGCACAUAUUUCUCGUUUUUCUUAAAGAAUGUUGUUCAGAUAAUCAUAUCAGAGGAGGGACCCAGUGGUUCCGCAUUAGCAGCUCGAAUUUUACUGCUUUAGUUCAUUCUUUAAUACUUUUUCAAUUUUAUUGGAGCAGUUUAUGAGAGGGAGAUGAAGAAAAUAAUGUUUAUUUAAUUCAUUUGUUGAUGGAGCCAGGAGACGGUUAGGUUGAAAGAUUUAAAAACACGCAACAAAAGUAUCCUUUUUACGCAGCUUUAAAUGCAACAUUUCAUGUAAUGUGAGGGUUUAAAACAAAGUGGAAAUGAGUUUGUGAUUUUCUGUUUCAAUGUGGAGAAAAAAAUUAUUUAAAAUCACGCAAAUCUACAACGUUGUGACCAGCAGGGGGUGCUGAUUCUCCAGGAACGAGCGCUUAAAACACAGAGGGGAAUCGGUUGAAGUAAGGAGUCAUAAUCAAUAAAUUAGAAUAUUCACUCCAGCAACUCCAUAAUUAUAGACUAUUUGCACACAGAUUAACAUUUUCAAGCUUUUAUUUGUGUUGAUUAUGAUGACCUUUCUACUCAGCUAAUGGAAACACAUCGAACAAAUGCAAACCAACAAAUUUAAAACAAAAAUAUGCAGUUAAUAUAACAUGGUUUAAAGUUAUCUUAGAAAUCUGAUGAGGUCAUAUUUCAAUUCAUUGAAUAUUACUUUAAGAUGAUUUCCCAGCAUGACAGACAUUUGAAUGCUGCACUUUCUCACCAAACUGGCUCCUGGUUUUGGUUCCCAACAUGCAGGCGUGAGCCGGAUCUCCCAGAACCGCUCCUGUAAACAAGUGGGCCCUUCUGGGGCGUAGCGUGUCCAGGUUUCAGUGUUUAAUGGCUGAAUACAGGCUUUUCUCUCCUGUUUUGUCUCUGUAUCCUGUGGAGCUUUGUCCUCAUUUCUUCUGCCAUCUGUUUUUUUUCUUUUUUAAAUUUUUAAUUAUUAUUGUAGGCAAUCUGUCAAGUUUCUACACACGUCUGUGUCAAAUCUUAUCAUAUUGUGAGGAAGCAGCCACAUGUGGCACAACCUGAAAAAUAAGUCUGAACGUUUUUUGUUUGCAGCUGGAAAAGUGGCGCCCAUUUCUCUCUUUUUCACUCGCAUUGAUCUGCUUUUCCUGCUGGGUUAUUAUUACUGUUAUCAAUUAUUAUUAUUGCUGCUGCUGCUGCUCUGUGGCUGUUGUAAUAAAAAUACAAAGGCUCUUUGAACGGAAAAAUAACUAUGAUGUGAAAUAAUUUCAAUCAAAAAUAAAAUGUCUGUGAAUAUGUUUCA